UGAAUUAUAAUUCACUCUGUACUGUUCAAAAGUAAACAGUUAAUUCACUCUGCACCGGAGAGACAGAACGCAGGCAGAAAACAGUUCUAGUUUCUAAAGAGAACCUUUGGAAUUUCUUCCUCCUUCCGCCGGAAAACCCUCUGAAACGUUGCCGCUUCGAUUCUAUCUUCUCCCAAAGAAUCAAGAUAGAUCUUCAUCCAUCCAACUCAAAAAUCUUUGCCUCUCUUCAUCAAACCCAUGGCUUUCAACCCAGUGACCCUAAUCUUGUUUUUUCUCUCCUUAAUUCCUGGGGCUACUUUGACACCCCGGACGUGUGACCCCUCGUUCAGAGGCCCAGGGCUAACUACUUACGAUGUCUUCUUGAGUUUUAGAGGUGGAGAUACACGCCAACAUUUCACCGACCACCUCUACAAAGCUUUAACUAGAGCAGGGAUUCCCACUUUCAGAGACGACGAUGAGAUCCGGAUAGGAGAGAACAUUGAGUUAGAAAUCCAGAAAGCAAUUCAAGAAUCAAAAUCAUCUAUUAUUGUGUUUUCUAAAAACUACUCUUCUUCAAGAUGGUGUCUUGAUGAACUCUUGAUGAUCAUGGAACGUAGAAGAACUGUUGGGCACUUAGUGUUCCCAGUUUUCUACGAUGUUGAUCCAUCUGAGGUGGGGAACCAAACAGGGCAAUUUGGUGAAGAAUUUGCUAAGCUUGAAAUACGCUUCAAGUAUCAGAUGGAGAGGGUGGAGGGAUGGAGAAGGGCUCUUAAGGAAGCUGCAAACAUGGAAAGGAUGGUUCUGGAAGACAGGGAAAAGAGUUCGACCAGAAUGAAAGAAAUCUUGCAUUUUACUAGAGAAAUGAAGACAUUGAAGGGAUAUUCUUGGACAUUUCAAAGAUUAGUUCUGAGAUUAAUUUAAGCUCUGGAGUCUUUGUAAGGAAGUGCAAACUUAGAUCGCUCAAAAUUUAUUAUUCUGGAGUUAAAAAUCACUGUAAAGUGUGUGAAAUAUGUAACCUUAGCAACUGUGAGCACCUUUCAAAUACCAGAUUUUUCAAAGGAUAGAAACCUUGAGAGAUUGAAUUUCCAAUUUUGUACAAGUUUCUUAUCUCUCUUACGAGUGGAAGUUGUUCAAGACUUCUUAUCUCUUAACCUUUCUAGUUGUUAAAAUAUCAAUAAGAAAGCAUGCAAUUGGGACCAAUAUAUAAUCAAGCUAUUGAAAAUGUUAGGAUCGGUGAUUGAUGCCCAAACACACAACAAAACAAUUUAACGUGGCUUGGCAAUUUGCCUAUGUCCAUGGAGCAGCCAAUUUCAUUAUAUAGAGAGAAAAAUACAAUCUACAACAAUGAAGGAGGAGGAACUCCUCACUCAACUCCCUCUCUUCGUAAUUGCCUUACAUUUCUCUUAUCCCUCUGCGCUUGCUACUGCAAGCUGCUACAUUUUACUGCUUUCUUUUGGCCCUCACACAACCUCUAUUUUAUAGUGGAAAUGGGGGAACAUCCAUCCCACCUCCACUUAACUCUCCCACUUUAUGAUAUUUGAUAAGAAAUUUU